AUGGCAAUUUUUGGCUUUCAAUUGGUCUCCACCUUGAUCGGCGUCAGUCUUCUUUCAAAGAUCACUGCGCACUUCUCAUUUACUAGUGCAUUUGUCUUUGGUGGCAUCUAUCGCCGACUUUUGCCCACUGACAAAGAGAUAUUAGAAAGUGCCGGACUCACCAAGGUCAAAUCAAAGGGAAAACGAAACAAUGGAACAAGUGGUGGAGGAGACGGCCGUGUCGAAUUAGAAACCUUUCAUUUUCCUCGCACUACCCCCCUCAAACUAAAGAGUGCUGAAGUUCAGGCGCAUGAAAUUGCUGUCCUGCCCUUUUAUACGGAACUCGUCUGGCUUGUUGAUUUUUCUGUUUGUGCAAUGACUGUCCUCUUCGUCAAUGACUUUGUAUCAUUUUGUCGGCAAAUACUUUCUGCGUCUCUAUCUAGCAAUAGCUCCAAUUCCUCAUUUUUUCACUCAAUGCAAAGUUUCUUUGCUCCCAGCACCAUCAACUUAAAUCUUGUAUGGGCACUCCUUGUAGUCUUUUUUGCGCUCACUUCUCUUGUUUCGGUUCUUCGGGUCUAUCUCGGCCGAGGUGGUGGAAACAAGAAGGUUGAACAGGGAGGUGGUAGUAACUCAGAGUGGCCUCUCAUCAUGGUUGCAGGAUUUUCAUCAUUUGUUUUCGCAAUGUUUUGUCUGUCACUUGAUGAAAACUUCUUGGAUCUGCGAAUCUCACCGGCCUACGGCAAUUUAACUUUUUCAAUCACUUCAAACACAGAUGGCGGCUUGGCCAUUAGUUGGGGCAUGUUUCAGGCAGGUCUUGCAUCGUUCGCUGCCAUCAUCGGCAUGCUGUUUACCUUCCCGAGCCUUCAAUAUGGCCGUGUGUAUAUACAAACGCUACAGAACUCGGGAAUCUCCUGGUUAACCCGCCUACUUUUUCACCUCAAUCUAAUUGCCCCCCAACUGACCCUCCUUUUGUGGGUCGUGCCACUAACGGCUCGACUUCCCGAAUUGAUGUUGCAACGCGCGAGUUCGGGGAUCGGAGAUAAACUGGGCCCUAUUUGGCUCUCAUUUUCAGUCUUUUGUGCUCGCAUAUUUUCCUUCGAACGGAUUUCCAGCCUGCGUCUCCUUUUUACCCUCAUCACUGUAGUGCUUCGUGUAGCUAUGACAAAAAUGCAUAUGCAGGCUUUCCUCGAUACCGCCCAAAUUCGUCUUGAUCGUCUUUCUCAUGAGCCUGGGCGUGUCACCAAUAUCGAAGUACAGCGAAUUGUAGCUAGCGUGUUCCAUUGUUUUAACUUUGCUGCUCUACAGUACCUGGCUCCUACCAUCCUGCUCAUCGGUCUCGCCUGUUCCUACAAGGUCUCCACUGGCACAGGGUGGCUCCCCCUCAACCAGCAGCCUGUCUUUCGCCCAUCUGAGCGACAUUCGUUACCGAAUGCGUUGGAGACGGUCCUACAAAUUUUUGAUGGACAGGAAUGGGAUUCGGUGUUCACGGCAUCUUGGUUUGCUGUGCUCCAACAGACGCGGGAGGCGUUCGGAGUGAUGUGGGACUCUAUCAGUUAUCAGGCAAGCAGUGUAUGCGAAGGGGUGUUGGGGUUUGCUCUCUUCUGGUGUCUUGCUGUGUGGCAAGCUGUCACCGUCACAGGAACGGCCUACUAUCGCUUCGUAGAAUAA